GAGGCAAUGCAGAUGGCGGUGGCGGCGAGCACCGAGGCCCUGGCGGUUGCGGCCGCGGCGACGGCGAGGGCGCCUCAGCACCACCACAUCCCAUCGCAGCCGAGGUGGGUGGUCAUCCUGUACUCGCCGCUGCACGGUAUGGUGGCCGCCGCGCCGCCACCUCCCCCACCGCAGUUCGUCAAGCACUUCGCGCCGCCGGCACCGGUCACCCCGCCGCCGCAUCCACAACCGCAGCAGCAGCAGGCGACGGGCGGCCGGGGGUGGAUCCGGCGGCGGGAACAGGGACGAGAACCGAACGAGGGCUACGACGAUUUGGGCGCCGACGAUGAGGAGCAGCAGCAGGCAGCGGCGGCCGGGGGUGGCCCCAGCGGCGAGGUCCGGUCUCUUCUCCCCAGCUUGCUCCCCCGAUCCAACGGCGAGAUCCGGCGAGGUAGCAGCAUUUAAUAUGGGCAAAUCAGUCUUUAGUAAAAUGGCCAAACUUUACCAUGCAUCUAAAUACCAACUAGCAAAACUUCAAUGCCAAAUCUUUUGCCACCAAAACAUUUGCCAAAAAAUUUGCCAUAGCAAAUUGAUCUAAACAUGCCCUUAUUAUUCUUGGUCACCACGCUUUUUUACUUAGAUAAUGAUUAAAAUGGGAUGGAAGGAGUAAUAAAGCAUGUGGGAAUGAUUGCAUAAAGAUUGUGAUUGAUUGAAAAAAGAAAAUAUGUGAAAGAGAAUGGUUGUAAUUGGUUGAAAGGGAAAGAUAGAUGAAAAAUAGCUUCAUUUUAUAACAAAUUGUUUUGCUAAAAAUAACUAUAUUUUAGAUGAAGUUAGUAGUAGAAACGAAACAACCAUUCCGUUCAGUGUGCGCGCAUAUUUUCUCAUCAAGAUUCAGAUUUUACCUCAAACUUCCAUUAGCAUGUUUUUUAAAUUAUUAAAUAGUAAUAUAUAUAUAUAUAUAUAUAUAGGGAUGGGUGGGGGCAAACGUGUCUGUACACCAAGUUGUGGCAUAGUAGCACAUGUAGCCACCAUCCAUCUCUUUAGCUUUGGACCAACUAAAGAUGCCGCAAUUAUGCAGCCGGUAGUCCAGUCCCGUCCCCACUCCACACCCUACCACCGUGUUGCACGAUCCGUCCAUCAAUGCGUAUCGAUGCGAUCGUUCGUGCACGCACGCACGCAUGUUGUCCUCGUGCCAAAUGCCAUGGCCGGUGCGCCCAGAGACGAGAGAAAAAACAACGACCUCAAGACAUGCAGUUCGUCCCAGUCCCACCUAACCAAAGGGCCGAACCCUGGUUAAAUAAUGGCCAGCCAGCGCAGUGCUGCGCCACCGCACCGCACCACCACCGCUGCGGCAUCACCAAUCGGCAAUCGCAGAGCAAAAGCAUCGGGAGGAGCAAGCUACUAGUAGUAGUAUAGUAGUACUAGUCAAAGAAAUCAACAGCUUGAUUGACCAUGGCCGCCGCCGCCCCCUCGCGAGUCUCCGUCAGGGCCGCGGCGCCCGGGCAAACGGGGGGCUUCGCCAAGAUCCGGCCGCAGGUGGUGGUGGCAGCGGCGGCGAGGUCGGCCGGGGUGAGCGGCCGCAGGGCGAGGAGCGUUCGGGCGUCGCUGUUCUCGCCGAAGCCGGCGACGCCCAAGGACGCGAGGCCGGCCAAGGUGCAGGAGAUGUUCGUGUACGAGAUCAACGAGCGCGACCGCGAGAGCCCCGCCUACCUCCGCCUCAGCGCCAAGCAGACGGAGAACGCCCUCGGCGAUCUCGUCCCCUUCACCAACAAGCUGUACAGCGGAAGCCUGGACAAGCGGCUGGGGAUCUCGGCGGGGAUCUGCAUCCUGAUCCAGCACGUGCCGGAGCGCAACGGCGACCGCUACGAGGCCAUCUACAGCUUCUACUUCGGCGACUACGGCCACAUCUCCGUGCAGGGCCCGUACCUGACCUACGAGGAGUCCUACCUCGCCGUCACCGGCGGCUCCGGCGUCUUCGAAGGCGCCUACGGCCAGGUCAAGCUCAACCAGAUCGUCUUCCCCUUCAAGAUCUUCUACACCUUCUACCUCAAGGGCAUCCCCGACCUGCCGCGGGAGCUGCUCUGCACGCCCGUCCCGCCGUCCCCGACCGUCGAGCCAACGCCAGCCGCCAAGGCCACCGAGCCCCACGCCUGCCUCAACAACUUCACCAACUAGCUCAACCCGCGCUGUACAUCACUUCCAAGUUCCAAUUGCUACUGUUACUACUCUGCCAAUAAUUGAUGGAGAUGCAGAUCGAGCUGCCUGAUUAGUUUAGUGUUAAUUGCGGCAUGUGCGGUGUGUAUCGUAUCACUGAUAAGGAAGAGGAAUCGAGGACAAGAUAUUUGUUUCCUCCCUGCGAUGAGCCGAUGAACUGAUCCGAACAAGAAGAGGCUUCUUGGUAGUAGGUGGAUUGGAAUAUCGAAAUGAUAUGAUUGUGAUCCGCAACUACAACGACCGCCACUACGGAGAGCUCAUGCUAUUUGUUUGUUUGUUUUUGUACUAGUGCUCAAAUAUAUACUCCAGCUCAUGUCCAUGUGUAUGUUUUGCUGCUAUUAUUUUUUUCUCCUGAAAAUAAAAUAUAUAACAACGCGCA